AUGGAAAGCAAAACCUUACAAGAUAACGUCACGGAAUUGGUUGACUCCCGGCCCAAGGGCACCGUACACAAGAUCUACACCAGCUUCUCACAUCCAAUCACCUUCAACUGCGACCUCGAAAGCGGACAAGACUCCUCUUGUGACUACUGCACAGAGAUUGACCUGCCGGCGAUCGGCUUUGGCAUCAUGCAUCCAGAAGUCUUCGAUAGGCAUGACGGGAGUGGUUUUAUCGAAAUGAAGGGCGGCCACACGCAGGUCCAUGAAAUCGGAAAGACGAAGAUUUGCUACGCUUGCACCUCAGGCAGGCUGGCGAUUGUCACUUGCUAUCAGCACAGGCUCGGCAAGCUUCCACCUCAAGAUACGGAUCAAGCGCCAGUAUGCAAUAUCUGCGUCAGUCAAGCGAAAGCGACGUUUGGGUGUAUGCCCACUGAUCGCGGUGAAAGCUGCGGUCUCAAGCUGUGCCGACCAUGCGCAGUCACUCUCAACAACGACUAUCGGGGUGUAUUGGGCGAGAUGUUGGGUAGUCUCGCGGAUCGUCCAGAAGACCCAGCAAACAGGGCUUUGCGAGCGGACCAUGAGUUCUUGAAAGAAGACGGUCAUAUCGCAAGAUACCUCAAAUAUCUCGAUACAUGA